AUCAUCCGUCAUCUCCAGCUUCUUCCUGUUCAUCAGAUUCAACUAUUAUCCUCAAAAGUACAAAUAACAGGAAGAAGGGUCUAGAAGAGCUUGAUCGUGAUGAAGCAAAACAGAAGGUGUAUACUGUUCUGAGGUCAAACCCAAAGGGUGAAGAAAUCUUCAGUGAAUACAACAAAACUAAAACACUGUCAGAUGCAACUCGUCGACAAAUGGUUAACAUACUGGUUGCAGAUAUGAUAGAAUCACAUGGGAGGGUCCCACCCAUAAGUGUUCGGACUAACUGUGCACUGGGGAUUGCAACACUUUUUCCAUAUCUCCAAGAUCCAUACUCAAAAAAUGGUUAU